UGGGAAAUCUGGGAGGAGAAAGGUCUUUGGAAGGAAGACAAGUUCAGUCUUUGACGUGGUUAGUGUGAUGUGGCAGGGGGACAAUCCAUGGGUUGUAAAUAGCAGGAAAUAUGGGUUAAGAUUUUGAGAGAGAGCAUUAGUGCUGACAGCUAACAUCAUCAGCAUUCUCAGGGACCUCACGGAACACUGUUGCAAGAGAGGUCUGGCACUUGGACAGCACUCCUCAAUGACUUCAUCAGACUCAUGAGCCACAGGAAAGCAGCUUCAUCAUCCCUAACUAGAUGUGUUUCAACCUUUGGACUUCAUCUGGCAAAGCGUGGAGUUAAAAUGUUAAAGCCAAAUAUAGGCGAUGAUGCCCUUGAGAGGCAAAGGAGUUUAAGUAAGAGAGGAAAGACAUGAAGCUCCGAUUCCUGAUGCUUCAUAUUGGUCUUUGUUAUUCACUUACGGUUUUGGUCCAAUAUGUUUAUCCCAAUAUCCUUCUGUCAGGUCUGUAUACAGUAACUUUUGUACAAGUGCACUGCUCUGGGAAAUUAGGUGCUUUUUUAAACUGUUGUAAUGAAUAAUGAUGAUGUUGGAGAAAGAACAUGAGUGAAGCUGACUCUGGAGAGCAAAACCCAUCUCAUUUUGCAACCUCUUCCCCUUUUUGCAUGCUUGUGACCAAAUUCUAAGGCUGAGGAAGAGCAAACUAUUUGGGAAGUGUCUUAUUUCAUGUUCCUUCAUUAUCUUCCUCCUUAGGACAGCUCAAGGACCAAAUCACUGUCACCCCCAUGCAAAAAGUGUGUGAAUUGAAGGCUAACCACCCACUCACACAAUACAUUGCUUUGCAUAUUAUUUCCUUAUUACUUACCUAAUUUAUCGUAACAUAUUCCUUUUCUUUUACCAUGGCCGUCAAAUCCCUGCUAAAUGGGUAUAGGCUAAAUCCUGUGUUAAGUGACAUAGCUUCAAGAUGGGUAAAUUAUGACUUCAGCCUACACUCUCUUUCUUGCCUGGCAGCUGGGAAGUCUCUUAAGCUGUAUGCCUUUCCACCCAGACUCAUCUUGAAGGUGGGUGGUUCUUUGUGAAUCUCUGCGGAGUGGCAAUGUUGGCUUUAAAAAAUGCCAAAGCUGGACUGUCCAAAAGGUAUACAAAAGGAAAUUGUAUUAUUUACAAGUCAUCUUUUAGUCUUAAAACGUGGUGAAGCAUUUCCAGAUCUCUUUUAUUGAACUAGCCCAGCAACUCCCUCUUUUGUUGGGUCCACGCUGCCACUACACUCUUCAGACGAAAGGUGCCUGGGGGACUCCAGCCUCCCUGGCAAGACUCAGCCCGGACACAUUUGGUUAGGUGCUGCCUCCUGGCGGCGGCUCUGCUGCCCGACAUCUUCCUGACCCGGUGGAGACCACCUUCUUUAAUUUGAAAUCUCGAAGCUGAUGCAACAGCUCCCCCGAGGGGGCGGGGAGUUGAGAACCCCGGGUGGAGGAGACGCCCUUCCGGGAGACCCCUCCCCUGGCUCCAAGCGGGCGCCGCUCCCUCUCCCCCUCCCUCCUGGGGCUUUGCAGUCCAGAGUCCCUCCCGAGUUUCAGCCGUGCGUCUCGGGGCUGUAGGCGAGUUUCCCAGGGUUUAGGGCUCUCGCCCAGACCCCCGUCGGGCCACCAGCUCGAGCUGGAUUGGGAGGGAGGGAAGAGGAAGCUGAGCGUUCCCGGGGCGGAGGACGCAUCUCAGGAGUCAACAGCUGCUGCAGCUUGAGCCAUACCCGGGUUCCCCUUCCUAGCACUUGCCUCUCCCCCACACUCGCAGCAGCAGCAGCAGCAGCAGCAGCAGCAGCAGCAGCAGCAGCAGCGUGCUGGUAGCCCCUCCUCCUCGAACCUGCCCAAAGGUCACGGGACAGAGGGCAAUGCCAGGAAGCUGGUGAAGUCUUUCUUCUCUUCCUCCACCAUGGUUGACGGUGUUAAGUAUCAAGUGGCCUCCCAGCAUGAGAGCGAUGCCUCCCCAUUAGCCGACGAGGCCAGCCCAGGGGCUGAGCAGGUAAAGCUGAAGAAGGAGAUCUCACUGCUCAAUGGCGUGUGCCUGAUUGUGGGGAACAUGAUUGGCUCGGGCAUCUUUGUCUCCCCCAAGGGCGUGCUCAUGUACAGUGCCUCCUUUGGCCUCUCCCUAAUCAUCUGGGCCGUAGGGGGCCUCUUCUCUGUCUUUGGGGCCCUUUGUUAUGCGGAACUGGGCACCACCAUUAAGAAAUCUGGAGCCAGCUAUGCCUACAUCCUCGAGGCCUUCGGGGGACUUCUUGCCUUCAUCCGACUCUGGACCUCCCUCCUCAUCAUCGAGCCCACCAGCCAGGCCGUCAUUGCCAUCACCUUUGCCAACUACAUGGUGCAGCCCCUCUUCCCCAGCUGCUUCGCCCCCUAUGCUGCCGGCCGCCUGCUGGCUGCUGCCUGCAUCUGUCUCUUAACCUUCAUUAACUGUGCCUAUGUCAAGUGGGGAACCCUGGUACAAGAUAUUUUCACCUAUGCUAAAGUAUUGGCUCUGAUCGCCAUCAUCAUCGCAGGCAUUGUUAGACUUGGCCAGGGAACCUCAACUCACUUUGAGAAUUCCUUUGAGGGCUCCUCAUUUGCAGUGGGUGACAUUGCCCUGGGACUGUACUCAGCUCUGUUCUCCUACUCGGGCUGGGACACCCUCAACUAUGUCACUGAAGAGAUCAAGAAUCCUGAGAGGAAUCUGCCCCUCUCCAUCGGCAUUUCCAUGCCCAUUGUCACCAUCAUCUACAUCUUGACCAACGUGGCCUAUUACACCGUGCUAGACAUGAGGGACAUCCUGGCCAGUGAUGCUGUUGCUGUGACUUUUGCGGACCAGAUUUUUGGAAUAUUCAACUGGACAAUUCCACUGGCAGUUGCAUUGUCCUGCUUUGGUGGCCUCAAUGCCUCCAUUGUGGCUGCUUCUAGACUUUUCUUUGUGGGCUCAAGAGAAGGCCAUCUCCCUGACGCCAUCUGCAUGAUUCAGGUUGAGCGGUUCACACCGGUGCCAGCUCUGCUUUUCAAUGGUAUCAUGGCACUGAUCUACUUGUGUGUGGAGGACAUCUUCCAGCUCAUUAACUAUUACAGCUUCAGCUACUGGUUCUUUGUGGGGCUCUCUAUUGUGGGUCAGCUUUAUCUGCGCUGGAAGGAGCCAGAUCGACCUCGUCCCCUCAAGCUCAGCCUUCUCUUCCCCAUUGUCUUCUGCCUCUGCACCAUCUUCCUGGUGGCUGUUCCACUUUACAGUGAUACCAUCAACUCCCUCAUCGGCAUUGGCAUUGCCCUCUCAGGCUUGCCCUUUUACUUCCUCAUUGUCAGAGUGCCAGAACACAAACGACCUCGUUGCCUCCGAAGGAUUGUGGCAUCCACCACAUGGUACCUCCAGGUCCUAUGUUUGUCAGUUGCUGCAGAGAUGGAUUUGGAAGAUGGAGGAGAGAUGCCCAAACAACAAGAUCCCAAGUCUAACUAAAUACCUCCUGGAAUCCUGAGCUGUGGAAAGCAGGGGCCUCUUUCUCCUACUGGCUGGAGCCAAGGAAGCUGAAAAGGAAAGCUCACUUCUUUGAAGGCACCUUUCCAGAAGUCUGGUCUAGGCAGCUUCAACAACUUUGAACUUGCUUUUUGAGAGAUGGAAAGUAAUUUAUUUGUUUUGCUACAUAUUGUUCCAGAUUUUUUUAAAGGGACAAUAAAGCAGACUAUGGUGGGGAGCAUGUCAGGUGUGGGCUUGGUUGUUCUAAUAGCACAUUCCCAUGUGUUAAGAUAUUCACUCACCUCUGGAUGUGCCUACCCACUCCUCUUUUCCUUUAAAAGGGCCAAUAAUGCUCCAAACUUCCGUCUCCUUUAGAGAGACAUGAAACUGUCACAGGUGUUGGACAAUAAAAGGAUUAUGUUCCUAA